GAAGUACUUAAUGGCUGAGACGGAAGUGACGCCGAGGCGCGCUCGCCGCCUGAGGGAAGGCAGUUGUGGUUGCGGGAGGAUGCCGGUGGCGGUGAUGGCGGAGGGUGGUUUUGGCUUCAGGAAGCUGCUGGAGCAGUGCGAGACUCAGGAGCUGGAGGCCCCUGGAGGAAUCGCAACACCCCUUGUUUAUGGCCAACUUCUAGCUUUAUACCUGUUGCAUAAUGACAUGAACAAUGCACGGUACCUUUGGAAAAGAAUCCCUCCUGCAAUCAAAUCUGCAAAUGCUGAACUUGGCGCAGUUUGGUCAGUAGGACAAAGAAUCUGGCAAAGAGACUUCCCAGGAAUCUACACAACAAUCAGUGCACAUCAGUGGUCUGAGACUGUUCAACCAAUCAUGGAAGCACUUAAAGAUGCAACUAGGAGGCGAGCUUUUGGACUGGUUUCUCAGGCAUAUACCUCAAUAGUUGCAGAUGAUUUUGCAGCCUUUGUUGGGCUUCCUGUAGAAGAAGCUGUGAAAGGUGUAUUAGAGCAGGGCUGGCAAGCAGACUUCUCCACUCGUAUGGUAAUGCCUAAAAAGCCAGGUGUACUGGAAGCUUCCUUCAACAGAUUUAUUCCUUCAUCAGAACCUGCUCCGGUUCCACCAAUUCCAAAUGAACAGCAGUUGGCCAGAUUGACCGACUAUGUGGCUUUCCUUGAAAAUUGAUGAACCUGCUUCUCUGUCUAGAGCAACUUGGGAAUCCUGUGUACUGACAGUUCUAGAAAUCUAAGACUUAUUUUGUAUUUGUUAAAUGUUGCAACAUCCCCUUCUCAAAUAUGUAAAGUAUAAAGUGUAUGUUAUCCCAGUUUGUUUUGCCAAAGCCAAGCUAGCAAUUGAAACAAUCGUUUAACUUCUGUAAUACUUGUUCAGUAGGUACACAGCAGUAUUACACAGUUUUUUUACUGACUUGUAGCUAAGAGAUGCAGAACUUUUUUCAGGUGUAUCAGAAGUGGAGAAGAAAGUUUUGAGUAAUGAGGCAGGUUAACUGUAUUAGGGGGGUUAAUGUUACUUGGUUACAUGCUUCUGUGGUGAGCACUGCAGUGCAUACUGCAGAUCAGUUGCAUGUUCAUCUAAACUAGAAAGCAACAGAAUGCUUUACCCACAUCUGUAGAGAAUGUUUUGUUGAAACAGUAACAAAACAACUUACAGUAACUCUUCUGGAAGUCUUUGACAUUUUUCUUAUAGUUGAUCUUUUUUUUCCUUGUUGGUCUCUAUGGUUUAAAACUUCUUUCUUGUUUUGAUUGAGGAGAGAUUUCACAUUGGACGUAUUUUUAUGGCAGAAUGAUUGGAGUCCUUUAAGGAAAGGAAAGGUUCGCUUUGAGGAAUAAAUGUUUUACUUUUGAAGGUUUUAUUUUUGAGUACACAUAGGACACUAGGUAUUUGGCUUGGAAACCACGUACCUUCUUAAAGCCUGUCAUGUUGUGGUUCUUUCCGGUACAGUGAACCUGGAUCUACUACAAACAACUCUCACCUGCUUUUAAGCUUUCUGAAUUACUUCUGCAGUUACUGGAAAGGACUUUUAAUAUCAGAUACCUAAAUCAGAUAGAUUUCCCUGAGUAGAGAGGCCAGUCAGGGGAAGGAUAUUUUUGUGCUGCAAUGUCAGUUUGGGGAAUAAAUUUCCUAUACCAGAGCACUGCUGUGUUGAUCUUUGAGCUGGGAGUGGAUUUUAGAAACAAAAAGAUGAGUUGCAUUCCCGGGCUUUUUACCAUUCUUAUGGUGGUAAAGACUGUGGAGAAUAGUGGUGCUUUAAAGGGCAGUGCGUGCCGUCACUCACUUCUAAUCCCCCUUUUUCAACAUCAUAUUCAGUGGUUUAUUGUUGAAGAUGUCAGGUGUGCUCUGUUAUGAUUGUUUUUCCAGUGUGCACUACCUACUGUACAUUCUCUUGUUGGGGGAUGUGUUAGCAGAGAGGAAUUCUAAAUUGUGCACUGCUGCUUUGAGAGCUCCCUUUAUAUGUAAACAUUUAGUCAAAAUGAUUAUUUAUUUGAAACUAACCCCUAAGACCUGGAUUUCUAAAUAUGAUGCAAACUUAUCUUCAGUGAUAUUAAAGAACAUGUUUACACUGA